CGCAAUACCAAUAGGGCAGGCGAGGCAUAUCGGGUAGAGUAAAGUGCUUCAGUCUCCUUCAGUUCGCCCUCCAAUCCUUUCGGUUCACCGCGGCUGUUUAGCGCUGGGGUUAAGUUAAUUAAACUUCUUUAAGUUAAUCUACAGAUCCAUCUAUUAGUAGACAAUGGCAGUCCCCCCAUCAUACGCUGAUCUUGGAAAAUCUGCCAAGGACAUCUUUAACAAGGGAUAUGGCUUUGGUCUGGUGAAACUUGAUGUCAAGACAAAAUCAACCAGUGGAGUGGAGUUCAAGACUUCAGGUUCCUCCAACACUGACACCAGCAAAGUGGUGGGCAGUCUGGAAACUAAAUACAAGAGGCCUGAGUAUGGCUUGACCUUUACAGAGAAGUGGAACACGGACAACACUCUAGGAACAGAGAUCACCAUUGAAGACCAGAUUGCAAAAGGGCUUAAGCUGACUUUUGAUACAACCUUCUCACCAAACACAGGCAAGAAGAGUGGAAAAGUCAAGACGGCCUACAAACGCGAAUAUGUCAACUUGGGCUGCGACGUUGACUUUGACUUUGCUGGACCCACUAUCCAUGCUGCUGCUGUGGUUGGUUAUGAAGGAUGGCUUGCUGGCUACCAGAUGUCCUUCGACACAGCCAAGUCUAAGAUGACCCAGAACAACUUUGCUGUAGGCUACAAGACCGGUGACUUCCAGCUGCACACCAAUGUUAAUGAUGGUGCAGAGUUUGGUGGCUCCAUCUAUCAGAAAGUGAGUGAUAAGAUGGAGACAGCAGUGAACCUGGCCUGGACUGCAGGCAGCAACAGCACACGCUUUGGUAUUGCUGCAAAGUACCAGCUGGACAAGGAUGCCUCCAUUAGUGCCAAAGUGAACAAUACCAGCCUUGUUGGUGUUGGAUACACACAGACUCUGAGACCAGGUGUGAAGCUGACCCUGUCUGCCCUGGUUGAUGGAAAGAGCAUCAAUGCAGGUGGCCAUAAGCUGGGUUUGGGGCUGGAGCUGGAGGCCUAAAGUCCUGCACUUGCUCACAUCAGGGACAAGGGAAUAUCAGAGGAAUCUGGCCUUAAAUCUUAACCAGCAGGGGAAUUCUGGAUGGGAAGGGAUGUGUUCAAAGACUCCAACAAAUACAGCCAUUUUUAGUAGCCGUUGCAGUGGUGUUCAUACUUUUCCCCCCUGUGGUGUCUGGUUUUGUUUAGUAAUUCUCUUAAACACAGUCACUUUUGGUUCAGCUGCAAAAUUGAAUCUCUCACUCCUUUGGCAGUUUAUUGCAUCCCAGUCUCAGCAUUGGCUGUCAAAGCCUCCUCUUCUGUAAAUCACUGGAGGUACACGGGGGGAAUGUGAUGAUAUUGCACCUGUUUCUGUUACCCGAUAUUCCUUAGUCAUCUGAACUUAGUGUGCAACCAUUACCUACUUUAUAAUUACACUAUUUAAAUCCUGUUUCUAGCUUUUUCUUUCCAAACAUACUAGAAGAUGCUCCAUAAUACCAUCUCUGUCAGCCAUCAGGAUUUGACAAAGUUGUACUUGAAACCUGCCCUUAAACUAAGCAGUUUUUGGGUGGCUUAAAUGGAUGAAUGAAAGCAGUUGGACCUGUUUGGGAGAACAUGGCUGGCAUUUUUCUGCUUCUCCCCCAUUAUUUCUGCAAAGAUGACUAGGUUAACCUUAAGAUAAUGCCAAAAUGGAUGUGUUUUGAGUUCAGUACCUAAAGCUUUCAGUGUUGCCAUUAUGAACCUGACUUGCUGAGAAUGUGCUUUCACCAAAUCUUUGAGGUCCUCAUGUAUGUGUACAAUUUUCAAUAAAGUCUUUGAACCCCA